GAUAAAUCAUUCGUCCAAGUUCAGAAAUAUAGUGAAAAAAUGUCCGAGUAAAAUACGGACGCCUGUAACAAAUCAUGGAAGACAAGUGGUGUGUGAAAUGCAAAAAAAAAGGGAGAACCAAAUUUUGUGCUGACUGCGGAACAAAACUUACAGUUGUAGAGCCAAAAUGGUGUAUGGCUUGUGAAUUAGAAGGUUAUGGACGCUUUUGCAUUGAAUGUGGGAAAAAACUGGAAAAAAAAGACAAACCUGUCAAAUUGUGCCCAAAAUGCAAAAUAGAGGGCAAGGGAAGGUUCUGCAUUGAAUGUGGUGAACUGAUGCUGCAAUGUGAAGUGCCAGAGCAAGAUGCAGUGUCGCCCAUUGCUGAUUCAACAACAAAUGUUGUAACUAAAGUGAAUGAACCUGUUAAGGAAGAAUCAUCACGAAACCAAAGAAAUGAGGUAGUCAUAUCUGCUACCAGUGCUGAUGAAAAGAUUGUAAAUGCAGACUCAUGGCAUAAAGAUGCUGAACCAGUGAAAACUGAAGAGAUGGCUAAAGAAACGGAUGCAAAGAAAAGCAGUAGCAAAGACUCUGAAUCGGAACAGGAAGAACCUGUUCAAGAAGAAUCAUCAUUAAAACAAAGAAAUGAGGUAAUCAUAUCUGCUAUCAGUGCUGAUAAGAAGAUUGUAAAUGAAGACUCAUUGCAAAAAGAUGCUGAACCAGUGAAAACUGAAGAGAUUGCUAAAGAAACGGAUGCAAAGAAAAGCAGUAGCAAAGACUCUGAAUCGGAACAGAAAGAACCUGUUCAAGAAGAAUCAUCAUUAAAACAAAGAAAUGAGGUUAUCAUAUCUGCUACCAGUGCUGAUGAAAAGAUUGUAAAUGCAGACUCAUGGCAUAAAGAUGCUGAACCAGUGAAAACUGAAGAGAUGGCUAAAGAAACGGAUGCAAAGAAAAGCAGUAGCAAAGACUCUGAAUCGGAACAGAAAGAACCUGUUCAAGAAGAAUCAUCAUUAAAACAAAGAAAUGAGGUAAUCAUAUCUGCUAUCAGUGCUGAUAAAAAGAUUGUAAAUGAAGACUCAUUGCAAAAAGAUGCUGAACCAGUGAAAACUGAAGAGAUUGCUAAAGAAACGGAUGCAAAGAAAAGCAGUAGCAAAGACUCUGAAUCGGAACAGGAAGAACCUGUUCAAGAAGAAUCAUCAUUAAAACAAAGAAAUGAGGUAAUCAUAUCUGCUAUCAGUGCUGAUAAGAAGAUUGUAAAUGAAGACUCAUUGCAAAAAGAUGCUGAACCAGUGAAAACUGAAGAGAUUGCUAAAGAAACGGAUGCAAAGAAAAGCAGUAGCAAAGACUCUGAAUCGGAACAGAAAGAACCUGUUCAAGAAGAAUCAUCAUUAAAACAAAGAAAUGAGGUUAUCAUAUCUGCUACCAGUGCUGAUGAAAAGAUUGUAAAUGCAGACUCAUGGCAUAAAGAUGCUGAACCAGUGAAAACUGAAGAGAUGGCUAAAGAAACGGAUGCAAAGAAAAGCAGUAGCAAAGACUCUGAAUCGGAACAGAAAGAACCUGUUCAAGAAGAAUCAUCAUUAAAACAAAGAAAUGAGGUAAUCAUAUCUGCUAUCAGUGCUGAUAAAAAGAUUGUAAAUGAAGACUCAUUGCAAAAAGAUGCUGAACCAGUGAAAACUGAAGAGAUUGCUAAAGAAACGGAUGCAAAGAAAAGCAGUAGCAAAGACUCUGAAUCGGAACAGGAAGAACCUGUUCAAGAAGAAUCAUCAUUAAAACAAAGAAAUGAGGUAAUCAUAUCUGCUAUCAGUGCUGAUAAGAAGAUUGUAAAUGAAGACUCAUUGCAAAAAGAUGCUGAACCAGUGAAAACUGAAGAGAUUGCUAAAGAAACGGAUGCAAAGAAAAGCAGUAGCAAAGACUCUGAAUCGGAACAGAAAGAACCUGUUCAAGAAGAAUCAUCAUUAAAACAAAGAAAUGAGGUUAUCAUAUCUGCUACCAGUGCUGAUGAAAAGAUUGUAAAUGCAGACUCAUGGCAUAAAGAUGCUGAACCAGUGAAAACUGAAGAGAUGGCUAAAGAAACGGAUGCAAAGAAAAGCAGUAGCAAAGACUCUGAAUCGGAACAGAAAGAACCUGUUCAAGAAGAAUCAUCAUUAAAACAAAGAAAUGAGGUAAUCAUAUCUGCUAUCAGUGCUGAUAAAAAGAUUGUAAAUGAAGACUCAUUGCAAAAAGAUGCUGAACCAGUGAAAACUGAAGAGAUUGCUAAAGAAACGGAUGCAAAGAUAAGCAGUAGCAAAGACUCUGAAUCGGAACAGAAAGAACCUGUUAAAGAAGAAUCAUCAUUAAAACAAAGAAAUGAGGUAAUCAUAUCUGCUAUCAGUGCUGAUAAAAAGAUUGUAAAUGAAGACUCAUUGCAAAAAGAUGCUGAACCAGUAAAAACUGAAGAGAUUGCUAAAGAAACGGAUGCAAAGAAAAGCAGUAGCAAAGACUCUGAAUCGGAACAGAAAGAACCUGUUCAAGAAGAAUCAUCAUUAAAACAAAGAAAUGAGGUAAUCAUAUCUGCUAUCAGUGCUGAUAAAAAGAUUGUAAAUGAAGACUCAUUGCAAAAAGAUGCUGAACCAGUAAAAACUGAAGAGAUUGCUAAAGAAACGGAUGCAAAGAAAAGCAGUAGCAAAGACUCUGAAUCGGAACAGGAAGAACCUGUUCAAGAAGAAUCAUCAUUAAAACAAAGAAAUGAGGUAAUCAUAUCUGCUAUCAGUGCUGAUAAAAAGAUUGUAAAUGAAGACUCAUUGCAAAAAGAUGCUGAACCAAUGAAAACUGAAGAGAUUGCUAAAGAAACGGAUGCAAAGAAAAGCAGUAGCAAAGACUCUGAAUCGGAACAGCACAAUUACCAGGAAACUGAAAAAACUUCUAAAAUGGAAGUUGAUGCACCACCAAAACAGAAAGAACAGCCUGAUGAAAGAGUAAAGGAAGAUGACAAAAUGGAAGUUGAUGAACCAUUGGAAGAUAAAAAGACCAAAAAGGAUGAGGAAACUUUGCUUAAAAUCUCACAAGGAGAAUCUCAGUCAAGUGCUGACUGCUUGGAGUCUAGUUCUGAGGAAGGUGGAACUAAAUUAAAUAACAAGGGUAAAGAGAAUAUAAUAGGAAAUGAUCCUUUAUCUGCCAAUGCAACUGGUGACAGACCUGUUUCUGAAAAAACAAAAAAAUCAGUUUUUGGUGAGAAUGAAACUAGUAAUGGAGGUGCUCAACCAGAACUAAGUUGUGCAAAUGUUACAAAGUCAAGUUCUAGUGCCAUAAAACCAGUUUCAACUGAUCACGUGUCUGACAGAACCAGAUCAAAAAUAGACCCAAAAGAACAACAAAGUAAGAAACAAAAACAACAGCAACAUCCAAAUCAAUAUCAACAUCAAUACAAAACAAUUAAUCAUGGCGAAGGUAACACCACGCCUACAAAUAGUGAUCCCAUGUGGUGGAAAAUUCGUCAAGAAGAUUUCUCGAAAAGGAAGACUGUAACAAUUCAAUUUUUUGUGACAUACGAUAAAAGCAUGGCAGCUUAUUUUAGUAACAAUACAGUUGUGAUAUUCUUUAGUAGUAGAAAAUUGGGAAAUUGGAACUAUCCAGUUGUUAAAAUGAACCAUAUUUAUAGCACACAAGAAUAUGUUAUACUUACUGGCGAAUUAGUUGUUCCACAUGAUUACUUGAACAACGCUAUUGGAUAUAAAUAUGUUGUAUUAGAUGCACAUGGAGCGAAAUUUGAGGUCCUCUAUACACCUGUUCAUGGAUAUGUGGAUGGUUUCAGAAACAGAUUGCUGAAAAUAAGCAAUGAAAUGUUAGAAAAAUGUGAUUUUCUUUACCAAAUUGAUGACAUUUUUCUUCCUCCUGUGGAAAAAGAGUGGAAGUUCUUUCGACGAAUUUUUGGAUCAUCUAACGUAAAAAAAAUGAUGAAUCUAUUAGAGAAAGCUGCACCAGUUCUUUUCAUGUCUUACUUGAAUCUUUCUUGGAAACUUUUAAAAGAAGAUAAAAAUAGAGAAAUCCUUUUCCUCAAUGCAUUAUACUCAGGUUUUUUUUGUUCAUACACUCGCAUGGAUGGGGAUGUACAGUGUUGGAGAAAAAUAUUACACAAUCAGAAUGUUGCAAAGGAAUACAUUAAAACAAUUAGAAGCAAAAUACAGAUAAACGUAAGGACAAUGAAUACUUCAUCAGUGCGUUACUCAGCUAAACUUUUACCACUUUAUGACUCGUUGUCUGCUGCUGCUUACAUGACACCAAUAGCAUCUGAAUGUUCAGAGGAUUUUAUAUCUGCUCUUUUUGAGAGCUUGUCGUUGGAAAGUUUCACUAAUAUUGAUAAUUUGUUUUGGGAAGACGUGAAAAAAACAUUUUCAGGGCAUUCAAUUGAGAUGAUUCUAAAUGGUUUACGUGUUUUUUUGAAGAAAGCUCUGCGAAGUAAUGCAAGCAUGUCAUAUGCACAUUCUUGGUGUUAUCCGUUACUUUUGAUUCAUUUCCUGUCAGAGAAAUGUAAUAGUGAUGGUGAGCCUUUGGAGAAAAAUAUGACUGUUGACAAUACUAAUGGAGAAACAUGUGGUUUAGACUGCAUUAAAGAAAUUAACCUUAAUGACAAGUUUUUAAACGAAACCUUUAACAUGCUUAAUUGUAUCAGAGCAAGCUUGAAAGUGGAUAAACUUUUGCAAAGGUCACUUGUUUAUAAAAUGAAAGGAAGGCACUAUCCUAUUGCAAUGAGUAGUGGAUUGUUUGGGAAUCGUUUGAUCAUAAGAAUGAUGCUUAUUUAUGUGAAAUCGAAUAGUUUUAAAAAGGAGGAGGUAGGAUAUCUCACUUCAACCAUCUACCAAUUGAAGGAAAAGUUUGAAACAAGUCAAGACCUGUCUACACGUGAAAGGCCUGUAUUAUUGGAUACUCUAUUUGAUUUGCUAAUUCAAUUACCUGAAAAAAUACCAACCAUUGCUGACAAUGAACCUUUCUACACUGAGCUUAUUGAAGCUACAAACGCUGGCUAUGCUUCACUGUCAAAUGUGAUAAAUCCAAAUGAUGAACAACACAACAAAAUGAUGGAAAUGCUAUCUAAACAGAUAAACUCAAAAUUAUUAAAGGUUGGAAAAGUGGUAAAUGAUUGUAUGAUACAUAAAAGUUGUUGGAAAAGCGUCGAUAAUAGAGUCAUUGAAAAGGAACUAACGCUUAUUGAAAGAUUCCUUGUCCUUAAAUUUGCUGAUGUUGAAAGCAGUGGGAAAUUCAGAAAGGACAUGUUUACACUUCUAAGAGAAAAAAUUGCUCAAAUUCACAAAGAACAAGAACUAAAUUUUAUCAAGGUUUAUAGUAAUUUGGAUAUCACCACCUUUGAGGAAGAUAUUCAGGAUGUUUUUCAAGAGAUUUGUUCUACGCUGCUAACCACCAUUGCCGAGAAUCCAAAUUCUGGUGGCUUUGUGGAGAUUCUUUGGGGAAGAAAAGGUUCUUCCAUUAUUCUGUGUGAGUUUUUUCGGAAAGAAUGGAAGAAAAAAAAAACUUUGCAGGAACAGCUUGAACAUUGCUUGACAUGGUCACCUAUGAAAAGUUUUUUAAAAAUGUUUGCUGCUAGCAAAACUGAUGGUGAUAUUGACGAUGUCAUAUAUGAAGCUGUAAGUGUCUUAUCCUAUGCAUCGAAUGAGUUAGUCAAUUCCAAUAUAACGAUUAGUUUGCUGGAAAUUUUACAUCGAAAGAAAGAAGUCUUUUGUAGUUUGACUACAUGCAUUGGUAAUAAUGAUGCAAAUGGUAUAAAAGUUGCAUUUGAUAAAAGAACAAGGGAAAUCCAGACGUUCAAGCAAGCUAAAAAUAUAUUGUAUUAUUUUCUCAACAUAUGCAAGCAGCUACUAGAUGGAUUUGGAGAUGUUAGUAUCCUACAUGACAAGGUGAUGGCAGAAGAUAUUAAAGGAAAACCUAUAAAAGAUUUUUAUCACCCUGAAGACGGCAUCUUACCAUAUUUUCAGAUAACUUCAGAGUUUUAUACUGCUGCAGAGAAGUUAUGCAAUUAUGAUGCUUUAAGUGUUGUCUUGUUUAAAAAAAUAUGCAGAGAUACAAUUAAAAAGAUUGCAAAAAGUGGUGAAAUUGGCCUGAUAAUAAAUCAUGAACAAAUCUUUAAAGUUGUUAUUAAGCCUGUUCUAAAAGUGCUUAGUGAUACUAUUAAAAACUUGGUGCUUGGAGAAACUACAUUUAAUCGUGUAUUAAGAUUAUUCACCGGGAUGCAUUUAAACACUUUGGUGGAUCAAUUAGAAAGGUCGAACCAUUUGUCUAAUGAGGAAUACAGAAGUGAAGAUGUAAAGUGUUGUGCCCAAAAAGUUAAAUGUUUAUUUCAGUUACAAACGUGCAUUAAUACAACUGAAAAGUUCUUGCUUGUUAAAGAGAGACUCCAACUUGGUGGAGAUUUCUCAACAAUCUCCAAAAUAAAAUCAAAGGUUUCAACAGAUGGUGAUCAACAGUUAAAAGACAUAGAUGAGGAUAUUGUCAAGAAUUCAGAAAAACUUUUAGAUGUGUCAGAGGAAAUGCUUAAAAUAUUGGAUACUGUUUCAAACUGUUUGCCUAUUGUUCAAUGGCUAAAACAAAACUUGAAGGUUCCAAAAGAAGUCAAGGUUUUUGUUGAGAUGAUGUCAAUUGCAGCCGGAGAAAAUGAUCUAGAAGUAGACCGUGUUGCUUGUUUUGAAGCAAGCUGUAAUGCUUUUAGUGAAAUUAUAUUUGGGUUGGGUGAAAUGUCUGGCUUUACUGAUUUGUAUAAUUCAUGCAAAAAAACUGCUAGUGGAUUGGCAAAUGAUGGAAAAAUGAUAGAAAAAAUGAUUGACACCAAUCGUUAUGUGGAAUGGUUUAAGCAGGCUAAAGAAGCUCAAGGAUCUGUGGCUACCAAAUCAAUAAUGCAAGCAAAAGCUGCUAACAGGAAAGGAAAAUAUAUUAUUGGAAACAUAAGAGACAACUGUGAACGAUUUAUUCAAGAAGAAGCUACUCUGAAGGAAGUUAUUCAGCUAGUUGUUGAAAAUGAUGAUGAAAAGAGCCAAGUGUAUAAACUUGAUGAAAUUCGAGAUUUGCAAAGUAGAUUAAUGCUUCUUGGUCGUGAUAAAACUGACAGGCAUGGGGAAAACAAAGAGCAGGAAAAAGAUUACUUUGUUGAGACAUCUGACGUUGUUACUAGACUUGCAAAUGUGUAUGUGUCACUUUGUGAAGCUGGCGCUGUGAAAUGGCUGCAUUUAAAGAUGGAAGUAAAAUGUGAUAUUGCCAAGGCUUGUGAAAUUGGUAUGGAGGCUUGGUACAAAGAGCUGAGGGAGAAAAUAUUUCAAUUGGAAGAACACCUAAAAGAAUGGAAACGUGAUUUAUCUGAGUAUCGUGAAAAAUAUCCCUUGUUAAAUUACUUUACUGUUAAACAAUGCUUAGUUUUACAAAAGCAUCUUUACUAUUUACAUGAUAAUAUUGGAUCAGUUAUUUCACUGCCUCCACAGGUAUUUGCAUUACUAAGAGUAAUUGAUGAUGAUGUUAGUGUUGUUAAAAUCAAGAAUGCUUUUAUGAUGUCAAUGAUUGAUGAUAAAGAAGUUUUAAACAAAGAUUGGGAAACUGUUGCAUACGAGAAACCAACAAAUUUUAAUCAAAUGUCCUACCAAAAAAUCGCGAUUAUCCUGGAAAAGUUGCAACAAGAACAUAAGUUUGACGAAAAUGUGGCACUGGCUUGUCUUACUAGAGUUUUUCCUUUUGAUAUGAACAAGGCAAUUAUUUGGUGCCACAAACAAGAUCCUGACAGUGAUCUUAUCAACGAAAUUGCAGAAGAUGCAGAAAGAGAGCUUAUAAUUUUAAAGGAGACAUAUGCCAGCAUUGAAGUAAACGAGGAGAAAAACACAACUGAAGAUUUUGCUGCUCCAUUUCUUUUAUUUAAUCAGUUUGUGCAGUUCUUGAAAGAGCUUGACAAAAAUUCAACAACUGAAAAGGUGCAGCGAAACAUACCAGAUUAUUUAAACAAAGAAAAACCUAGUCUCCUUGUUCUUUCUGAAGAUCACAUCCUGUAUGGUAUUUUGGAAUUGUAUCUUCAACAAGAUGGCUCUUUACCAUGCAUGGAAGAGGUUUUGUUUUGUACGGACGAAGUUUCUCUGGAGCAGAUUGAGUUAUUGAUUCUUCGUGCUGUUUACAACCCCUAUGGAAUUUAUUGUCUGGUUUUUGCUGAUAGUCUCGGAUACGAUAAAAGUGAAAGAGUGUUUAAUUUUUCAAGAUCUUUAAUGAGUCAGGGUUUCAAGAAUCCUUUGGUUUUCGUGUGUUCCAGUGAAAACGAAAGUCGUUCCUACUUGACGUCAGCUUUGGAUGCAUACAAGGUCAAAUUACCAGUUUAUCCUCAAAGAGAAAGGAUAGGAGACCUUCUUCAGAAACAGCUAUGUCUUACAGCAGAGGUAAAGAAGUUCAAAGAAUUUCAGUAUGCAGCUCAAGUUGACACUGACUGCUACAAUACAAGAGUUAUUCGAUCUGAAAUUGGUGGAAUGGGAAAGUCAUUAGUUGUGACAGAAAAAGUUGCUGCGUUGGAAAGGUUAACUAGAAAUUCUUUUAAGCAUAAAAACAAAAAAAUGCCUGAGCAGCAAGUUGUGACGACUCCAGUUCAUAGUACAUCUGUGGAGAUUGAUGAUGUUGUUGAUGCACUGUGUGUCUUUGAAGAGAAGCCUGAAGACGCCUUUCCAAGAAUAUAUCACUUUGAUAUAGCACCAACUGUGUCAUAUGGACUAGAUUGUUUCUUAUUUAACCUUGUCAUCCUUGGUUACUGUCAAGCAAGUAAUGGAAAAGUAUGGAGAAAAAAUAAGCAGGAUUUGUGUCUCAUAGAAGUUACUAAUAAUGUUCAGAAGAAGACAAAGGAAAGGUCAAAAGCCAGGCGUGGAAUGUUUUUACAUAUGUUACCAUCUGUUACUUGCAUAUCACCAGAAGAAACAUAUAGAUGCCUGCUGAGUAAUGAACAGGUUAAAAGACAUGAUUGGUUAUUCAACACACAAAUGUUCAAGAAUACUCCAAUGCAACGUGUAUACCAAUAUUUGACAGUGUAUGAUGUGUCUCCAGAUGAUGUUAAUAACUUCACAUUUCAACCGAAUGAACUCAGAGGGGAUCAUGCUGAUUGUUUAAGAAUCCUGAUCAAAUACUGUGGUGUGGAAAGGCCAUCAUGGAUGGAGCUUCGUAAUUUCGUACAUUUUUUUAAUCAGCAAUUAUUGGACAGUGAAAAAUGCAUUUUUACCAAUCCCAUACUCAGCCAAGAUUUACGUGGUUUUAAAGCUUUUGUUGUAAAAUUUUUGCUUGAAAUGGCAAAGGAUUUUUCCACACGCUCUUUAACAGAGAGUGAUAUUGGACAGCCUCAGGAAAACAAAUUAAUGGUUGAACUUAAAAGGCACUGGGAACAGAGUUCCCAUCCUUAUCUAUUCUUCAAUCAAGAUGGGCAAACUUUGAGUUUUCUUGGAUUUAAUGUGGAUCCCAAUGGCAACCUAACUGAUCCGGAGCAGGAGUUUCAAAUAAUUCAAAAAAAUAUCAUGUCAAAAAAUUUAUUUGAUGAUCUGAUGCGUCAAAUGGCGGGAGACUUGGUCACGCUCUCAACUAACUACCAAAUGUUGAACAGAUCUGAAAAAUUGCAAAUACUUUGUCGAGUGAUGGGUUUGAAAUAUGUGCAAGAUCCAGACCCAACCUAUGAGUUAACAAUUGACAACAUGAAAAAGAUAUUGGCCAUCCAUAUGAGAUUAAGAUGUGGUAUUCCUGUAAUAUUAAUGGGCGAAACUGGUUGUGGAAAGACAAGACUUAUUCGAUUCAUGUGUGCUUUGCGGGCUGGAUUAACAGGAGCUAUCAAUAUGUUGUUAGUAAAAGUUCAUGGAGGUGUCUCAGCAAAAGACAUUAAAAGAAGGAUAAAUGAAGCGAUUAAUUUAGCCAAAGUUAAUUACGAAAGACAUGGAAUUUCAACCAUUCUUUUUCUUGACGAAGCAAAUACAACAGAUGGUAUUGGAUUAAUAAAAGAGAUCAUGAUUGAUAAACGUGUUUAUGGCAAACCAAUUGCAUUUGCUAAACAUGGUCUAGAAAUUAUUGCUGCAUGCAAUCCUUACAGAAGACAUACUGAAGAAAUGGUAGCUAAAUUGGAAUCUGCUGGGCUAGGAUAUCACGUCAGUGCUGCUCUUACAUAUGAAAAAAUUGGCGAUAUUCCUUUGCGGCAACUUGUGUAUCGAGUCCAUCCACUUCCGGAAAGCAUGAAGCCACUGGUCUGGGAUUUUGGUCAGUUAAAUGCUAAAACUGAACAAGCAUAUGCAAGACAAAUUAUUAGAAGAUAUGAGAAAGAUAAAAUGCUGCCAAGCAAUGAUGAGUUCGUUGAACUUUUAGUAACCGUACUUGCAUUAUCACAAGAAUAUAUGCGUCACGAAAAGGAUGAGUGCAGUUUUGUAAGUUUGCGAGAUGUUGAAAGAGCUGUUCAAGUCACAUCAUGGUUUUACAAAAAGAUGGAGUUUUUGUUAGAACUUCUUUUAGACAAUGACAAUGAAGAAGACGAAUGCCUUGUCUUAAGAAAUAGAUUCGAGCAAAGUAUUGAUAAACAAAGACGAUCACUUGUACUGGCCCUUGGUGUUUGCUAUAUUGCACGUUUAGAAAACCGUGAAUCAUACAUUGAUUUUAUCCAGCAAUAUUUCACUGGAAGUUUUGUGUUACAAAAUGGUGCGAAGCAAAUGAAAAAGGAAAUAGCAAGGUGUCAAGAGAUGUUUUUGGAUGAGCUGAAGUUGGAAGACAAUAUUGCAAAAAAUAAAGCAUUAUGUGAAAAUGUUUUUAUGAUGGUAAUAUGUAUUGAGUUACGAAUCCCUCUUUUUGUUGUUGGCAAACCUGGAAGCUCAAAAUCUUUGGCCAAAACAAUUGUGCAGGACAACAUGCAGGGGAAUAUGUCAAAAUCGGAAUUGUUUGGACGUUUUAAACAGAUUUUUAUGUCAUCAUAUCAAUGCAGUCCAAUUUCUACUGCAGAGAGUAUUAUCAAUACUUUCAAGCAAUGCAGUCGCUUUCAAGAUGACAAAAAUUUAGACAACUUUACGUCAGUUGUUGUGUUAGAUGAAGUUGGCCUUGCUGAAGAUUCUCCACGUAUGCCUUUGAAAGCCCUUCACCCACUACUAGAAGAUGGAACUGAUGGUUCCGAAGAUUUGACCAUUGAUGGUGAUGAGUUGAAAAAAAAACGUGUUGCUUUUAUUGGUAUCUCUAAUUGGUCUCUUGAUCCUGCCAAAAUGAACCGGGGAAUAAUGUUGUGUCGUGGACAACCCGAUUUGAAUGAAUUGAUCAGCACAGCCAAGGAUAUAUGUGGAAGUGACCCACGUGUGAAACACUUGAUUUCAACACUGCUAGAACCUCUGGCUGAAAGUUAUUUGAAAAUUUAUGAAGACCAAAAGGAAUGUGAAAAACUGAAAAAAUAUAAAAAAGAGGAGUUCUUUGGGUUGAGAGACUUUUACAGCUUAAUAAAAAUGGUGUUCUGUCUUGCAAGAUGGAAAAAAGGAAUACCUUCGCUGUACGAUAUAGAGCACGCUGUGAAAAGAAAUUUCAGUGGAAUGGAUGAAUUGGAUCCAUGGAAGAUUUUUAAAGAACACCUGCAACAAUACUUGGAGGAUGAGGAAGAACUUCCAGCGCAAAGUUCGUUGGAUUUAGUUAAAGCAAGUUUUCAAGACAAUUGUCCGUGCUAUACAGUGAGACAAAACGGUAAAAAACGAUGUUCGAAUGCAAGAUAUCUUCUGGUUAUGACAGAAGAAUAUGCAGCUUUGCCUAUUAUAGAAGAAAGAUUUCUAAGUAAUCGUCAUAAUGUCAGUGUUAUUUUUGGAAGUAGCUUUCCCAAAGAUCAAGAAUUCGCACAGAUUUGUCGAGAUAUCAACAGAAUUAAAAUGUGUAUGGAGACUGGUCGUACUGUUGUUCUGCUAAACAUGGAAAGUCUAUAUGAAAGUUUGUAUGAUGCAUUAAAUCAGUAUUACGUUUAUUUGGGUGGAAAAAGUUACGUUGAUUUGGGUUUAGGAACACACAGAGUAAAAUGCAGAGUUCACGAAGACUUCAAAUUAAUAGUGAUUGCUGAUAAAGAAACUGUGUAUGAAUCAUUCCCAAUUCCCCUGAUUAAUCGAUUAGAGAAACACUAUGUGGUGACAUCAACCUGUAUGACUAAACAGGAGAAGCAAGUUGUUGUUGAACUUAAAGAAUGGGCACACGAUUUCUCCCAUGUUCCAUCAACCAGGCAUAUAUUUGAUGAAACAGAUGCUUUUGUCAGUUUUAAUGAUGACACAUGUGCAUCAAUUGUAAUACAUCUGCAAAAUGAUUACGAUGAUCCAGAUGAAAUUUUUGUAGAAGGAAAGAAAAAGUUGUUGCAAUUGGCAACGCCUGAUGCUCUGGUCCGUCUUUCUAAAUCUAAAUUGGCUGAUAUGCGAGCUGAUUUAUGGCAAAUAUACUUUGAGGAACAAAAACAUUCUUCAUUGCAUGCAUUUUUGAAAACGCUGUUUUGUUCACAAUUGAAAACAGAGUGUAGCUUCAUUCAGGUAACAACUUUUUCAAGACUUCUGUCCCCAGAUGAUAAAAAUAAUUUGCGACUUGAUGGUGUGGACCUGGAAAUGAUAUCUCUCAUGCAAUUUCAGACAGAGCAAUCAUUUAGAGAGGCAAUCAGAUUGUUCUUUCGCAAGCAGAGAAACCAAAGACCGCUUUUGAUUUUGCAGUGCAGUAAUUCAGCGGAAUCCAACAAUUUGGUUGCAUGUGCGCAACAUAUUUGCAAGGAAGAAAAAGCAAAUUCUGGUGCUGAAAAUGACAAUGCCUGCAUUUUGUUCUUGUUGCAGUUAAAUCACACACACGGAGGUUUUAAAGCAAAAAGUGGAUCACAAGCUUUAUGGAACUGUUUUCAUAUUGAUGAGUUGCGAGAAGCUAACAAAGGCCUUCCAUCUUUAAUUCAGUAUGCCGGGAAAUCUAUGAGAUCUUUGUUUGACUUUAAGACAAAAGACUUUCAUAACUCCGAGGUUAUACACAUUGUAAAAGGUUGUAUACAAGCUGCAAUGAAAAACCUUAACGAAGUAAAGCAUAUGUUGACUGAUGAAAUUCGUGCAAAGAUAACAAUUUUGUAUGACCAACUGUCGCUAAAGACAGAUCUAUCGCUAGAGUUUGUGCACACUAUUAUGGGGAAAAUUAAUGACAAUUUACAUCAAAAGGAAAGUUUAAUAAUGCCUGAAAAGGUUAAUUUUUGGGUUCAGCAGGAGGCAGUUGAGCAGCUGCAUCUUCCUGAAUAUGGAACAUUUCGUGAAGCCUUGAUUCGCUGUGUUGAAGAUAAAGUUACUCCUAUUUUAACAGUUCUUUUAAAUGAAAUUGACCAGAAUAAAAAUCUCCUGAUUUUGAAGAACAAUCCACAAUACCAAGAGCUUUGGGUUAAACUUCUUAAGCAUGCUAUCACUGUUGACGUAGAAAAGACGAAGAGUAUUUCUAUCGAAAGGGAUGCAUUUUCCUCACAAUUCCCUUUCUCCUGUCAAGUUAUGCAUAUAAUGGAACAGAUUGUAAAGACUCAUAUCACUAAAGAUAGCAACAAACUUAAUCUGCUACAGAUCAACAAUGCAGUCAAAGCACAUGUUGUUGGUAGAAUCCUUGAUAACUUGGAUGCAACACACAUACAGGAUUACAUUCAUGAUGUCAUUUAUUCAAGAUUUUCGUGUCCCAGUGAUGAAGGCUAUAAGGUGUUGUGCACAUCACUGUUAAUUGGUGCGAAAAACGUUAUAAAGCAAGCUGCCAAAGAGGACGAAAUUGAUACUGACGCUGUUGUUGAUGAUGAUGACAAUGCUAAAGAUGAAAGAAAGUUAUUCAGAGUAAACAUUACGUCUGUUCAUGUGGCAUUGAAUAUCUAUGAAGAACGAUUUGAAAAUGCAAUUUCUUUAUUUUCUUCCAAUCCAAGCAUGGCGUCAAAGGUUUUGCAAAUAAUUGAUCACAAUGAUGAAGAAGUGAAGCCAGAUGCUCUUGCCCUGCGAGAAGUUUUGCUCAGCUUUGUACCACAAAAAGAUGAAAUGAUCUCACAGCAGAGUGGAUAUAUUUGGAUGUCUGGUAUCAAAGAGAUAAAGGUCUUAACAAAAGCGAUAUUUUAUCAUGCACAAACAAAUUCUGUUUGCUAUGGCAUAAUGUCCAACCGCAUAGUAGAUCAUGCUAAACUUCUUUGGACUAAAUUACGAAUUCUACAACUUUAUAUUGAUAAUGUAUGCCCACCAGGUAUAUGUUCUAAUCAAAAGGAGAGAGAGUCUAUUAUGGCUUUAUGGAAAUCUGUAGAAGAUCUUGAGGAUAACAUGAUCAGCAUUGCAUCAUGGAAUGUAAUUGAAAAGUUCAUCAAAUUAAUCCUUACUGAGAAUAUUGAUGUAACCAAUACAAGUGAUACUGAGUGUGCAAUAUGCAACGAUAUACUUAAAGAUGCAGUUGCACUGCCUUGUCUUCAUACCUUCUGUUAUUUGUGUGUUGUUGCUACAUGGUUUAUGGAACCAAAGAAAUGCCCAGUCUGCAACAAUGAUAUUCCUGGUGAUUUUGAGUUACCUUCGGAUGAAAUUAUCAGAACAAACAAAUUCAAAUAUGGAGAAUUCAAAAGAAGAUGCUUGACUUAUUUUGUUGAAAUCGUUACAGAAUUUUGCUUCGCACGUGAUAACUUUGAAGUUAUUCACCCAGAUGUUAUUAAAAAGAUCAUGGGAUAUGCCUUUCAUUCAUCUGAGCACCAAACUAAGGAAUUUUCUCCAAUUCAAGAAUAUGCCCUUGAUCCUACACCUGUUAUUCGUUCCUUCCUGUUGCAACAGCUAUUAAAAAGGGAAGAUCAGGUGGAGAACUAUAUCGAAGAAUGUUUAAUUGCUAAUUUGAAACUUGCAAUCAACAGUAGUGAUAAGUGGAAUAUAUGCAAAUUGUUUAUACAUUGCUAUGAGGACCAUCACUCAAGAGGUGCUUUGAUUUUGAAGUCAAAUGAUGAACUGAAUACCAAAUAUAUCAGUUUUCUGCAUUCAGCUUUAAAGAAUGUGUUAAAUUACUUUGAAAAAAAACCAACCCAUGAAGAAAUAUCAGUUGAAUUGCUAAAAAAUGUAGCCUUAGCUCGUUUGGCUGUGAUUGGUGCUUCUAGCUUGCUGAGUAAAGCAUAUCUUCCAAAUGAAGAAAUGCAUAGUUCACAAAUAAAUAAUGACUUGAAACGUUUAUUUGCUUUGCUGAUGAAAUUUAUCAAAGAUGUGAGGAAUUCAGAGGGACAUAUGUUUCUGUUAAGACAAGUAAUAAGGUGUCAUGGUAGCCGAGAGCUUCAAAUCAUCAUUGAAAAGUCUCAGUUCGACUGGCUUGGCUUGAAAACAGACGAAGAAAACGAAUUAGUAGCUGGUGUUGAAUCAGACAAAUUCUUGGUUCAUGGAGAGGAGUAUCAAGCACACAGGGACCAACUUUCUGAAAUGAUGUUACAAAAGGCAGACACAAAAACAUUUAAGCAAUUAAAACGGGAUUUAGCAACUAAACAGAACUAUAAAACGUUUAUUGAAUUAGCUGUGUUACGUGAAUGUGGGUUAUCUGUUGUUCCCAUGGAUAAUGAAGUGGCCAAGGUUAUUGAAAAUGUUUUCAGUCUUCAGAAUUGUUUUACGAAUAUGAAUGUCUUAUCUGGUGGCGUCCAUGAUGAAGUAUGGAAGGAACUACUUUAUCAUUACAUGACAUUACUGAAGAAAUACAAUGAACAAGGACUGAUGGCUUUACAUUUGACGAUGGUCAAUAAUCCUGCAAACAUUCAGAACUACUUUCUUCCUACUAUGCCAAGUGAUAAUUUCGCUGAAAUAGCUGGUGCAAGACCAAGAGACGGUACUGGUUGGGUACUACAUAAAUGUCCUCAAGGGCAUGCUUAUGUUAUUACUGAGUGUGGUAGAGCAGCUACGAGAUCAAUAUGUCCAGAAUGUCGAUCUGGCAUUGGCGGAGUUAAUCAUCAAAUAGAUCCUGGAAACACAAUCGUGCAAAACAGGGAUUUGACACAACCAGGGCACAGUUUGGGAUCACCUCAAGAACGUUUACCAUAUGCUGCACCAGAACGUCGCCUCUCUUCUCUUUCAGUUGCCUUUCAAAGACUAUUGGUACAUUUAUCAAUGUUUUUAGGUACACUAACUGGAAAGGAACAGGCACUAUGUGCAAUGAUCAUCCCACGAAUUCCUCAGAACCAGGUCGUGCAAUUCUUUCAGAAUCAUCUUGAGCAAGAUUUUAGAGUUUUGGCUCAAGUACUCGGAAAGAGCAAUGAAGAUGUAAACAUUGUUGUUCACAUGUUUUUAAAGCAUGUCACAGAACAUAAUGCUAAUCACUGUCACCUUGGGCAACUAGCAACAAAAGAAGGACGGGAUGCGUACGAAAUGCAAUUUCAUCAGCAACUUAUUGAACCCUUUAUCGCGAGUCUUGCAAAAAAUCUUGAAAACGUCCGAAAAACUUUACUUGGAGAUGUCAGGAUUGGUGCGAAUCCUUUGAUGAGGAAGUUAUAUGAACUGGACGAGGUUGCUAUUCCCGAUUUCAAAGAAAUUGAACUAAUGACAUGUUCUCAGUUUUGGAGUUAUCGCGAGCCAAUCACAUUGGAGCAUUUCAAGCUAGUUGUACAAGAGAGAGUGAUAAUGUCACAAGGAGAAGCGGUGAAGCUGUUAUCAUCCUUCUUGCAAAUGGAAUCUUUAUUUCGUUUGAUUAAUGAUUUACCUGACAUUAUCGAAUUACAAAAAAUCUUGUUUGCUCAUUUCAACUACAAACUUGAUCGAGAAACUGCAAAUGAAAUAACAAUUAAAGAAACUAUAACAGAAUUGGAAAAAGACGUUCAAAAAAAGGCGCGGCGUCUGUUUAGAAGAUAUAUCACUAUUUGGAAUGAAUUAUCUGCUCUUUUGAGAGACUAUGGUCGUGUAAAGAUAGACUCAAAAUAUCAUCCGACUUCAAUGAAUUUUAACACCAAGCUAAGCUACGCAUUAUGUGCACGAGAAGGACCUGGUAGAUGUGCGAUAGCCUUAAUUGAUUUCUUGGCAUUCAAUCAGAACGAAUUCCUUGAAUUGUGUGCAAACACUCCUGGUUUUCAGCAAAAUAUUCGCGAGGUUUCCCUGGUAAAAUUAAAGGCAAACGACAUUGUAUCGUACACACCAGAGGAAGAUUUGUUGCCACUUGUUUAUGCACACUGUGAUUACUCUUUGGAGAUUGGAAGAGGAACUAAAGUUGAAUACAAUCUUGCAUCUAUUGAGAAACGUUUGAUAGACAAUAUCUUCUUUGGACGUGCUAACAUUGUGAUACAAAUUGAAGAGUUUAUGUACAGAGAUGAUGUCAAAUCUUCUGAAAAAUUUACUAGCUUUAACCGAGCCGUCCAACAGAAGUCGAUUCCGUAUGCAGAUAGACAGAAAAUGAUGAUUGAAUUUACUGAAAUAGCUGACAUUUCCAAUGCUCUGCGAGCAAUUGAGAUUGCAAUUGGUAUGUUGACUGCAACAUCAGGUGAUCCAAAUAUGUUCUACAAAAAUUACCUAACUGAUGUGCUGCAAAUGGAAGCAGAUGUUUUUGUCACUGGUGCAAAAAUGCAGAAUACUAUCCGUCUAGCUCAUCUGGCAUCGUCUUGGAUAACGUUAACAGUAGAAAGGGCGAAGAGACUGCAUGCUAAUAGAAAGGAGCCAUUUAUUGUCGAAGAAGCUUUUUGCAUAGCUUUAGAAGAGGAUGCAAUUGAAAGAAUACAUAAUUAUCUGCGACAUGUUGAUACACGAGUUUUGCUGUCACAUCUCACAGAAUACAUUGUAUCCGAAUUACCAUACAGAAAUGAAAACGAUGCUGAAUUCCCAUUAUCAGAAGCAUUGGAGAUAUAUGAAGAUCAAAAGGGAGUGAAAGAUGACGAAGAGGUUGAGGAAAUACCUGCCAUGGUCGAAUUGAAACACAUUUAUACGUUUUGGAAAUUGGUGGCUGAUGCCAACAGAUUGUUAUAGUAUAAGUUAUAAUUAAAUUUAUAGAGGAGUUACGUUUUUUGACGAAACACAUCGCGUUCUAUAUUAAAUUGUACUUUACUGCAGUUAAUUCUUAAUCGUGAAAGAAACAUUUUGCUCAGAGAGGUAUCGAUAGCAUUACAACUACCGGCCUUCGACAAUUUGACAUCAAGCAAUGCAAGUUGAAUCCUCUCUGAAACUUUAAAAAAUUUGGAGUUUAUUUGCGGUCUGUAAAUACUUAAAAUGUGUUGUUGUUCGAAUGUAUAUUUUAAUUAGAAAUAGAAGUUAUACGUUUUUGGCUUUGCCCGAUUUUCCUAAAACUGUAUAUAGUAAGCGAUUUUACGAUUUGAACUAUUUUGUUCGAGGAAAUUAUUCUUAUAUUCUUAUAUUUAAUUUAUAUUUCAAAAGAGCAAUUUUCUCAAAAUCUCCUAUUUUACAGCGAACGAUUUCUUUGCUAUUAAUAAGAUAUUUGCGGCGCUCGUGUUAGCAAAAACCCGAUAAUCCCUGUAAGCAUUUUUUUUUUUUUUUUUAAUAAAUCACAUUUAAUGUACACCAAAGAUAUUUUUUAACUUUUAUCACACAGUGCAGGUCUUGUGUAACAGUUUAGUUUUUGAGAUUUUAAAACUUAGUAGUUUGACGUUUUAAAGUAAUUAAAAUGCAAAAAUAAAAUUAAAAACAUGCAAACAGUUUUGCUUACGAUUUAGAAAGAUGGCCUGUGUUAUAGGUAUAUAAUUUAUAGUAAUUGUGUUUUGUAUAUGUGUUUUUGUUUUAUUGCUAGCUGUUGUUGUAGCUGAUUUGUGUUUUUUAUGUUUUUUUUUAUAAAAAUUAUCACCUUGUAUUUAAAUAGUCAAAGUAGAA